AGAUUUUAAAACAUUGUCCUUCUCAGUAAUGGCGGCUACGUUCCCUUCGCCUUCGCUAAAUAACAAUAAAUGGUACUUCACGCGCGAACAAAUCGAAAACAGCCCUUCUCGCCGAGCGGGACUUGAUCCCGACAAAGAGCUCUCGUACCGACAGCAAGCUGCUAACCUGCUGCAGGACAUGGGACAGCGGCUCAACGUGUCACAACUUACAAUUAACACUGCCAUUGUGUAUAUGCAUCGGUUCUACAUGAUCCAGUCCUUUACCCGCUUCCACCGGAAUGUGAUUGCUCCUGCAGCUCUCUUUUUAGCUGCGAAGGUGGAAGAACAGCCCCGCAAGCUGGAGCAUGUGAUUAAGGUGACCCAUGCGUGUCUCAAUCCUCAGGACCCGUCUCCAGACACCAGGAGUGAUACAUACCUGCAACAAGCCCAAGACCUGGUCAUUCUUGAGAGCAUUAUACUCCAGACCCUGGCUUUUGAGAUCACCAUUGAUCAUCCCCAUACACAUGUUGUCAAGUGUACUCAGCUUGUGCGAGGUGAGAACCAGCUGCUCACUGUAAACUGUCCUUCGUAUUGCUCGGUAAUGAGUACUUCUAGCCCACCAAGCUCACAGAUUUCACGUCUGAUCACGAGCUUUCCUUUUGUUCCAGCGAGUAAGGAUUUGGCUCAGACCUCAUAUUUCAUGGCAACAAACAGUCUUCACUUGACUACAUUCUGCCUGCAGUACAGUCCUCCCAUUGUAGCUUGUGUUUGUAUUCAUCUGGCCUGUAAAUGGUCCAACUGGGAGAUUCCGGUUUCCACAGACGGCAAACACUGGUGGGAGUAUGUUGACCCCACAGUGACCCUUGAGCUGUUGGAUGAGCUCACUCAUGAGUUCCUGCAGAUCUUGGAGAAGACACCCAGCCGCUUGAAACGCAUCAGAAACUGGAAAGCUGCAGGUCAAACUGCCAAGAAAUCAAAGGUGCAAGAUGGUGAUCAGUCAGAAGCCAUUAUGAACAUGAUCUCUAUGGCAUCAUCCGACAGCACGUUGGCCGGACUCAUGAGCCUCUCCGCCCCUCCCUCCGGUUCCUCCAUGGACUCCACAGCAGACGACCACAGCGCUACAGCCUCAUCCCAACACUGGCAGCCUUCCGGCAAGGAGCAGCCCAUUGCCAACGAGCUCCACGCGCCUGCUAAGGUGUCUCUGAGCGAGUAUCGGGCAAAGCAUGCGGAUGAACUGGCUGCUCAGAAGCGGAAGUUGGAGAAUAUGGAGGCAAGUGUGAAACAGGGAUACGCCACUGCCGCACAGGCCCUCAUGAACCAGCAGAGGAAAGAGAAGCACCAUCACCACCAGCAGUCCAGCUCUGGUUCCUCAGACCUGAGCAACCCCUCACCCAUCGUCCUGAAGAUCCCACUGGAUGAGCGAUCGGAACGCAGUUCCUUAAAGAUGCGCUUACCCACGCGGGGCCAGUCAGACGGCGGCGGGCACAGCAGCAGUAGCAGCAGUCGUGGAUCCGAGCAGGACAUUAAAGUGCGGAUUCGGGUUCCAGAAAGGCGAAGUGGAUCCGGAGAAGACGGGAAAAGUCGCGAGAAGCACAGAGAGCGGUCCAACCACCACCACCAUCAUCACCAUCACCACCACCACUCCUCCUCUUCCACCACCGGCUCUUUAUCGGCAUCGUCUUCCUCAUCCUCAGCACAAAAACACUCAAGUUCUGCCAGCACCUCAGGAAGUAGCAAAAAGGUCCCUGGUGACUCUGUGCGAACGAGCUCUUCUUCGUCAUCGUCAUCUCGAAAAAGGACCCACUUGCCGGAUCCUUCCACGGGCGCCCACCCCUCGAAAGUCAGCAAAUCGUCCAGAAAUUCAUUUCAGUUGUCGACGCUUCCUGGAGUGCCCUCUCACACGAUGGGUCACGGGGCUGACAUCCUUCCCUCGCUGGGCCUCUCGCACCAUCAGGGGAACUAUUCGCACUCCAAGGCGGACAAAGCCGACACGAACGGCCAUAAUACGGGCGGCCAGUCCAACGAGUAUCAGGACACAUUUGACAUGUUGAACUCGCUGCUCAGCGCACAGGGGGUGCAGCCAGCGCAACCUCAGAUAUUUGACUAUCGCUCUCAGUACGGAGAGUACCGGUAUAGCAGUAGCGCUCGCGGAGGAACCCAGCCGCCACCUUUACCCUCAGAACCACCUCCACCUCUGCCACCGUUGCCCAAAUAAACCCCCUUCAUCUUCCUCCCCUCACUUCACCCAUCCACAUACGCUGAUCAGAACAGUCGUCUUGGGAGUCCUGGGAUCCUUUCGUGCGUCCAACUUUCUGUGAUGUUGAGUUUGACAGCAGAGUAAUGUAAGGCAAAAAAUGUACCUGUAUCGUUCUGUGUGAUUGUGUGCGAGCGAGUGUGUUCACAACACCCAUCUGUGGCAAUAAUGUUAAAAUAGAACAAAAUAUUGCAAAAAAAAGGCAAAAAAUGUUAUUUAUUGAAAAAAAAAUUGUACAUACUAUUUUUGAUGUCAGUUUUAUAUCAGCGCUAACAGAAAAGCAUAAUGGAAUUAAGGGUAUGUAUUACUGAAUGAGAGGGACCCAUUGUCCUCUUUAAAAAGUGUAACCUUGAAUGCAAAAAGGAAAAUGUUUUUGGUUUAUGUAUGGAUUUAAGUCUUGCUAACAAUAUAUGUGUCUUUUUUUAUUGAUUAUGGUAUUUAUUAUUAGCCUUUUAAAACCAUAGUUAUUAGCAGUCGUUGCUUGAAUGCAUCAGGUGAUAUCUGGAUUUUAUUUUUAUACUGUUGUAACCUGCUUCACAGUCUGUAUUUACUUGAUACGUCAUGUAUGUUUUGAGAAUGAACAUACGAAUCCCCAAUAAUUGCAUCAAAAUGUAUGUUUCUAAUAUACGAGUAGUAGUAACUGAAGUAAUAUUUUGAUUUUGUUUGGUAAAUAUUUGUGGUCUUUUUUUGUUUGUAACUUUCAGCUUUGUAUUCUGUAUAUGACUGAAAAUUGACGCAAAUUAUUUUUACAUUUAUUUCCCAAAAAACAAGAAUAUGCCUAAUUUGGGAAAGUAUGUUCGGUAGGCCUACGAUUCAGAGUCAGAUGCAGUCAUUGUUUUAAAUGGUUGUAGAAUAUCACGCUCAUUUAUAAUACACUAUACACAACAGUAUGUACCAGCUUGUACUCGUUUCAUCUUUUAUUUCUGUUUGCUAAUAACACAAGCCCAAAUGGUGUCAGAUAUGGGCUAUUUGUCAUAUUAUGAUGUAACUGACUUGUAAAUGGCCCUUAGUCUUGAGUGAAUCUGUGAUGGACAAAAGUACAAUCUGAUAAAAACAUCUUUCCACCAAUUUUCAGUUGAACUAAUGUUUUUUUCAUGCUUCUUUGGUUGAAAGAAUGACAACAGUAUGACAUGGUGGGCCAUGCAAAUAUUGGUUAACAAACAAAUUGCAGAAAUUCAUUCUGUCUGCAUUUAUGAAUGAUUCUCAUUGAACUGGUGGUACUUUUGUCCAUCAUACCCUUUUUCACCUCAUAUUCAAGGGAUAGUUCACCCUAAAAAAAAAAAAAAAUCAAUAUUCUGUGAUAAUUUACUCAGCCAAAACUUUAUGAUUUUCUUCUGUAGAACACAAAGGAAGAUAUUUUGUCUGUUCUAAUAAUAUUCAGUGGGGUCCACUGUUUUUCGGACCCCAACGUUCUUCAAAAUAUCUUCAUGUUUGGAUGAACUAUCUCUUUAAAUAUGCCGUCCAUUUUAAGAUCUGUUAGGUUUAUAUUUGUUAUCUGUCUAUGUUUAAACACUCAAAUCAGCACUUAUAGAUUGAACGGUAAGCAUGCUGACCACUCAUGUUUAUUUGUUGUAAUACCUCCAUUUUUGUUUAACAUUAAGUUGCAUUCAUGCCAUGUUGUAAUAACCGUAAUUACUAGAUUUCAACUUGUAAAAAGCAUUCAUGAGCUCGUAGAGAGUAAGAGUAAGCUCUAUGACUGUUGUACCACCUUUAGGCAUUGAUAAUGUUGCCACAGAAAUGCAUAAUUCCCAGUCCGAGGACAUGAACAGCUCUGAAUAGAAUGUCACAUGUUGUCAUUUUUAGGCUAUACGGUAAUUACGACAUGGCGUGAAGGCAACAUUACGUAUAACCAUGUCAAGGUCAUUUUGGUGUUUGGGAGUGAUAAUGAUAAGCCAUCCAAUCUUGAUUCACAAAAUCUUGCAUGAAUGCUGCAGUGAGCAUUAAAAACUGAUGGGGACUUGCAUUUUUUGAGCCAAUUGGUUUGUACCUUUAACAAUAUUGUCUCCAUAUUCAUAUCUUGCUUGAUCAUGUUUUUGUAUGCCGUUAAUAGCACAAUAAUGCAGAUUACUAUAUGGAUCAGAUUGUCUGUAACUGUCCUCCUCUGAUUAAAUGGCAUGACUUUCAUUGAUCAUUUUACAGAAAAAAAUGGAAGCAUGAAAUUGAGUUUCUACUGUCAGAGUAAAUUUUACUUUAAUAAAUGUUGCUUUCCUUUA